AUGCGUAGGGUUACCAUUUUAACCAAUUUUGGACGCAAAAAAAGAAGGUAUACAUUUCCAAGGGAGGAAAAAAACGCAUUCGUGCUUUACAAAAGCGAAAGAGGUGUAGCCACAACCCAUGCUGCGAUAACAAGUACAAAUACAAAUGGCAAUAAUGUAAAGACAAAAUUAGAAAAAAGAGAUGAUGAUAUAAUUUUACAAAAAUCCACAUGCUCAGCCAUCCCGUCCCCAUUAAGUGAUUACUACCAGUACAACACAAGUGAUCUCAUCAAAGUUUUAAAUGUAUACAUAAAGUCCAAGAGUGAUAAUAUUGAAUUGUUGAGAAGUGUUUCGACAAAUUUGUUGCUGAAUAAGGAAAAAUUAAGAUAUGGGGAGAUAGUCACAUUGUUAAAACAAUUUUCCAUGAUAAAAUGCAAAAAUUAUUUUUUAUUUUGCUAUUUUAAAGAUGUCCUGAGCGAAAAUAUCCAUUUAAUUACGUGUGAUGAUUUAGUGGACAUAUAUUUCUCCUUCACAAAUUUGAAUUAUUUUCAUCAUAAUUUUUUUUUCCUAAUUGAGAAGAGAAUAUUUCACAAUUUCCAUCUUUUAAAUUUAAAAAAAAUAGUUUGUUUGAUACAAUGCUUUAACAAGAAAAAAAUUAUCUCCAAAAAUUAUUUAACCAUAUUACUUUAUAGCAUAUCAAAAAAUAUAAAUGAGUUCGACACAUUUCAGCUUUCUGUCCUUUUCGUUUUUUUUAAAAAUUUUAACAUAAAUAAUAGCAUCCUCAUAAAUUCAUUAAUUCAUAAUUUUAAUCAACAUGUAAAUCUCGGCUCUGAGUCCAAGCAGCUAGCCAUUUUUUACAAUUUUUUGUCUUACGUUGGUAAGAAGUGCCAUAGGAAUUAUCACUACUUUGCAAAGGAGAAGGAACUCAUCGGCUUGAUAAAGAAUUUCGCUUUACGCUAUGAGGAACAGUGGGAGGGGGGCCCAAAUGGGCCAGGUAGAGCCAUGGGAAGAGAGGAUCCCACAGGGGUAUACGGGGACACAGUCACCGACUCGGUAGGCGAGGUGGUUGCCGUUUCCAAUGGGGAUGCAUCCACCCACGCAGGAGGAAUCAUACAAAGAAGGUUGUCCAUUUUGGAAAAUAAUUUCCUCACAGAAAGUGAUGAACUGCAAACCCUCAGGGAGCAUACGAACGCCCUAAAGAAAAAUUCGUACAACGUUAAUGUGGUGUACUCCAUUAAGAAUGCUUUAAAGAAUGUGGAAACGAUAACGAGGAAAAAAUUGAAGAGCAUGCCCAUUGAGUCCUUAUGCUUGAUAUCCUCUUCCAUAGGAAACAUAGAUAAAAAUAAAUUCCUCUUGGAAAAAGUCGCAGAGGAAGUUGGUAAACAGUCGACCAAAUUGACUCCCCUGCUGGUGAGUUUUUUGAUGCUAUCCUUUAGCAAAGCAAGUCACAAACAUGGGAGUCUAAUUUACUAUUCGUUGCAAUUUUUUUAUAAAUAUCACAGUUUUUUUAGUGUCAAUGAAGUGGGAUUGCUUUGUAAGGCUCUGCACAACUUUUCUCUUAAGGAGAACGAAUUUUUGGAUGUACUGAAUGGGCUUAUGUUGAACGUGCUGAGUGAAGGAAGUAGUGGGGACAACCUCGUUGAUAGCAAUCCGCGUGGAGACCACUUCAAUUACAAUGCGGACGAUGGUAGUUCGUCUGGAAAACAGGUGGAGAAACUCUUUUUCCAAAUCGAGAAGAGCAUUGAUAAGAGCAUUGAGCAGAUGAACUACGAAGAUCAAUUCACCAAUUUGAGGAGCGUCCAUAUGGAGGAAGAAGGUAAGAGUACCAAGGACGAAAAGGAAAGGGUAGGUGACCGUGAAAAUAAAAGGAUGUACAGUGAUUUUGUAAACUUUAGCUUCAUUGAUUAUGAAAAUAUAAAAAGGAACAAUUAUUAUCCAAACAAUUUGUACAACAUAAAAAUGAGCAAUAAGAUUUAUAUAAAUAACGUUAUAUACAUUUUGGAAUACUAUGCUUUCAACCUGGUGAAUAUUCCCGAUAUUUUGGACCGUUUCUGUGAUUUUUUUUUAAAAAGAAACAUAAAUUAUAUCCUCUACUCGAGAAUAUUUUACGCUUUUUAUCUGCUACAGUAUAGAGGGAGUAAGGUCUACCAAAUGAUUGACAAAUUUAAUGAGUGCCAACCCCUGUAUCAAGUGAUGUACAAGGAGAGGCACAUGGAGAAGCUGUUGGGGUCGCUAAUUUAUUUUUAUGAAAACAAAACGGAAGAGAAUAAAAUGGAGAACAUUUACUUUUACGUUUUGUCCAAGAGCUACUUUUCAUUCAUUUUUAAUUUUUCAAAAUAUAUUUUAACAUUUUUGUUUAUUAAAAAUAGUAAUUAUGUACUACACAAAUUUCUGGUUCAUAUAGGAGAAAUAUCGUUGGAAAGGGACGACUGCAUUUAUCUGCACAAACCAAACAGAUUGUAUUGA